UUGAUCUGAAUUAUGAUCAGGGCUGUGCUAGCUGGUCAGGUUUGAUUAUAUGUAAGAAGGAUUUUACAGUUUCAGCUCUGUAAUGUUCAUCUCGGAAGAAAAUACUAGUACACAAUGUGAAUAUUUUUUGUUUAUUUUCAGAUGCGGUCUAACACAUGAAAUAAGGGAAUUCUGUUAUAUACUAUGACAUGGAAAUGAUCUGUAAAGACUUAAAAGCCAGUCUACAGAAAGAAGAACCAUUCAUUUAAAUUGACAGAUAAUUGAUUGAUCCGAGCACGGCUUGCCAUGCUAGCAGAGGGCUUCAUCAGGGUGCUUGGAUACCAGGACAGCAGGUACACAUCCACUCCCAUGAGCCUCCACUGUCAGGAUGGAGGGAAGAACCAGCAGGAUGCACUGAUAAGAGACUUUGCAUUAGCGGAGUUCCCAGCAUCUACUGAAGCAACACAAGCAGAGAAAAAUGCAGAGCUUCCUCCGGCACAGAAGUCCACUGAUUCCCUUAAGCAGCCCUCUCCACUAACUCAAUGGCGGCAGUUUCCACCUUACAAACAGAAAGUGUCCUGCGCUCAUCCUAUUCCUGCCAGUCCCCAAGACAGCUACAAUGGACUAGAGCUUUACCGUUCCUGGUCUUGCACAAGUAUCUGCAAGAACUAUCCGGACCUCCAGAUCCGAGGGGAUCACGUUGGGAACGUCAGCUCUGUUGGUUCUGGAUUAGCCAUCAAGGAAUAUGAGUAUGAGACCUGUAAUGGACCUCUUUUGCAAUCUGGAGACCUGGAAGAUCUGGAGCUGGAACAUUCCACUCCAAACCACCAGGAGGAUGAGCUGUACCGAGAUGAACCAUCGGAUGAAGGCUACUUAGUUCUGGACCGCAGCAUUACUUUGCAGCAGGAGCCCCUCUCCAACUCCAUGCUCAACAGCUAUCUGGAGAAGAAGGUACUGGAGGUCUACAAGCAGUACCUGGAGGAGAGUUUGACCAAGUGUGCCUCCCCCAGUCAUACGUUGGCCCAUAGCUUUGUCAUGCAGAAUGUCAACCACAUCAGCAUGCUGAUCUCUCAGGAGAAGAAGAUGGAAACCUCCAAGGUUCGGAGCAUGGUCCUUAACUACCUGUUCAGCGCCUUCAGCGGGAACAGCUCUGAGUUCAGCACGCCCAAUCUGCACUUCUCAAACCUGGAGCAGAAGAGAUAUCCAGAGCCCUCCAAGAAAAAUACCACGAUUAGCCAUCAAGCCUUGUAGAAAUUGAAAUUAACAAUACUUCCCACACAUUGCAGAAGUGGAUCUCAAUCCCACCACUGAAGAACAAUUUGAAAAAUACCAGUGCAUUACAGAGACAGAAACAGCAGAAAAAUUCAGAGACAACAGUAUUAGCAUAAAUGGCAACUCAGUAAAUUAAGAGCAAAUAUUGCAUAGCGGUCCUGACAUGGCAACAUGAUGUUAGACCCAGUGAUAAGUGACCAGUGCGAAUUGAUUGGCACAGGAACACUGGCAUGCCAAAAUAUAUAGAAAUGUUAACAUUGCUUUCCAGUGUACAUAACAAAAUUUAACACAACAUCUCAACAAACAAGCGCAUCUAUUUCAAAGAUUCUGAUAUAUUUCUCAUGCUACAAUUAUUCAGUAGCUGCUAAAAAAGAGGCAAAUGCUACAAGAUUAUUGUAGGGGGCAAAAUAAGGACUAGGGUUGAGAAACACUGCUGUACCUAUUUAAGCAAAUUGCACAAUUACUAUAAUGAUUUUAAACCCUCUGUGUGAAAUGUAGAGAAUCCCAUUAUACUUAUUCCAGAAUUCAGUUAUUAUCAGAAAAUUCAGUUGCAGGUAAUUCUGAGUAAAAUUGUUGAUGUGGUAAAGUGUUAAGAAAAUCAAAUUAACUUCUAUAUACUCCUGUGAAGCAUGCAUUUAGUACGGUAUUUGUAAAAGUCUUUAUAAAGUUAAUUGUUUUAAAAUUCUACAGGUGAAGCACAUCCGUAUGUUGGUUUUAUCUGCGAACUGUAUUUUAAAAUUGUCUAUUCCUUUUUUUUUUUGUGGCUGUACAUUUUCAGUGCUUGCUUCUAUGAUCUUAUUAAAAUUUAAACUAUGUU